AUGGCGAAAAGAAAAGCCGAAUCGCAAGAUCAAUUUGUCACUAAGAAUGGCACAAAAAAGGUCAAGCAAGAAUCUAUCAUGAAGGUCGAAAAUGCGAAAAUGAUCUUAGAUGAUAGCGAUUCUGGCAGCGAGGACGAUUCCAUUGGAGGUGCCCCGCUUGGAUCUGGAUUCAAGGUCAAUCAAGACUAUGCGAAAAGAUUUGAGCAUAACAAAAAACGUGAAGAGCUUCAAAGAUGUGAGUGAAUUUGGCUGUGAAGGCUGUCGAUUUGGUUAACUUAUCAUUUUCUUAGUGGAGGAGAAGUAUACAAAAAAGCCGGGACCAACAAUUGGAAAGAAUGGCGAGAAGAAAUAUGGCGACAAAUAUGAUGAGGACUCUUCAUCAUCUGAUGAUGAAGACGAAGAUGAUGAAGGAUUUUUAGCGACCGAGGAUUUGGACAAGGAGAUCUCAGCUACUUUACAAGCACUCCGUUCGAAGGACCCUCGAGUGUACGACGAAAAGGUCACAUUUUAUGCUCCAAUUGAUGAGGAUGCGGAGGAAGGAACCAUGACAGAAAAGAAGGAGAAGCCUAUGUAUCUGAAAGAUUAUCAUCGAGAGAAUUUGUUGGCGGGUCAUGCAGGCGGGGAGGAAGAGGAGAACGUUCCACAAACAUUCGCUCAAGAACAAGAGGCUUUAAAAAAGAAGAUCGUCGGCGAAAUGCAUGCAGCUGCGGAAGAUGGAUCCGAUUCGGACGAGGACGAAGGAUUUCUUGUGAGGAAGGAUAAAAAGCCAGAGCUUUCAAAUCAAGGCAUCCAUCCAUCCAGGGCUUCAAAGGUUGAAGUUGAUGUCGCUAUUGCCGACAAGGAUCCGGAGACAUUUUUAUCAAACUUCAUGGCAGCUCGCGCAUGGGUUCCCAGCGACGGUACACGCUUUCAACCAAUGGAGUCCGACGACGAGGAAGAUGACAACAGAGCCGAGCAAUUUGAGGCAGCUUACAAUUUACGAUUCGAGAAUCCCGAAGGAAGCAAUGAGAUGUUAAAAUCAUAUGCCAGAGAUGUCAUCGCCGCAAAAUCCGUUCGUCGUGAUGAGGUCAGCGGCAGGAAAAAGCAAAGAGAUGCUGCAAGAGAGAAGAAAGAGGUUGAGAAGAAGGAGAGGGAGGAAGAAAGGGCACGAUUGAAGCGCUUAAAGAUUGAAGAAAUGGAGGAGAGACUCCAAAAAAUCAAGAAGGCUGCAGGAAUAAGUGGCAAAACCUUGAAAGAUGAAGAAUGGGCUCAAUUCCUAGAUGCGGCCUGGGAUGAUGACAAUUGGGAGGCUGAGAUGAACAAGCGCUUUGGAGAUAGCUAUUACGCUGAACAGGAAGGAGGAUCCGAUAGUGAUGAUGAAACACAAGGGAAAAAGAAGAAGGUUAAGAAGCCAAAAUGGGACGACGAUAUCGACAUUAAAGACCUUAUUCCUGAUUUUGAUGAUGAAGAAGCCUCGAAACCAAAUUUUUCGCUAUCAGAUCUGGAGGAUGACGCAGAAGAGAACUCAGACGAAGAGGAGGGAUCGUCCAGGAAAUCGAAAGGUAAUAAAGAACGACAACUGGAGAAGCAAGCCACAAAGAAAGCGGCGCGCUUGGAAAGGAAAAAGAUUGAGGAUCUUGUGGACAGUAAACUUGACGUCGAUCUCUCAUUGGCUUCCAAGAAGGCAUCAGUGUUCAGAUAUCGCGAAACUUCACCCACCUCAUUUGGUUUAACAGCUAGAGAUAUUCUAAUGGCACCCGACUCAUCUCUCAACGAAUUUGCUGGCCUAAAGAAGAUGGCUACCUUCAGAGAUGCUGAAAAGAAACGCAAAGAUAAGAAACAUCUCGGUAAAAAAGCUAGGUUAAGGCAGUGGAGAAAGGAGACAUUCGGUAACGAGGAUGGUCCGGAAAUUAUUAUUGGUCCUGAUGCUGGGGAAGGAGCAGAUGCUAUGGAAGGUGUAGAGAUACCAGGAAAGAAGAAGAAGAAGAGGUCAAGGAAGAAUAAAGGAGCUGUCGGAAAGGCUACAGCUGAAGAAUAAAUGGAUUUUAUAUGAAUAGGACCACGAAUGGAAGAGUUGUGGUGUAUACCUAGGUAUUAAUAGAUUUCACCAAGGUGGAACAUUUAGCACCAAAUUUGAGCAAUGUCUCUAGUCUUUAAUUACAUUAGGAGUCGCCAUCCAUUUU